CCCGCACCCCGGCUGUGUGGAGCAGGUGAGAGAGAGAGAGAGAAAGAGGCCGCCCGGGGCUCUGCGAAGGAGUCGGGACACGGGAGGCGAGGACGCCUCGGUCAAGCAGGUGUUGAUGAGUGCGGAGGAGAAAUUCCAGGCUGGUGAUCAUACAUUUCUGUGUGGACAGCUGUGAAAGGAGACAAGCAUGGAAUUCUGGUCUCUUCCUUUGUUCUCUUGCUGUGGAUUCCAGAGCAACAGUCUUCCUUCUUUUUCAUAAAGGCCCUCUGUUGUCCUGGCCAAAUUGGGAGUGGAAGAAGAGGCCAUUAUUAUUAUUAUUAUUUAGUUUUCGCUGUCCUUGUGUGUCUUUUUCCUGCAUUUUCUUGGUCCUAUCAAGAUGAAUGAACCACACGACAAUCUUGGCUUGGAAAGGAACAUUGAUUUGACUCAGUUGAAGAAGAAUCAUUUCUUGACAUAAUGGAAUCCUGGCACGACCACAAUGCCCAUCACUCCAGAAAACGCGAUGCUGUUUCUUCCCAUCCUUUAUCGGUGGUUGCAGGGCCAUCUGAAACAGGAAGCCGAGGAACCUGAGCAGAGCCUUUGUCAUUCAGCCAUUAAGAAGCUGAGAGAGUACAUCCAGUUGAACUUUCCAGUGGAAGAAGGCAAGCUACAUUACAGCCCCAGUCCGGUGGAUAUGGAAAUCUGUACGGUUUACUUAACCAAGGAUCCAGAAACGACGGAGCCUCUCGGCCUAAGUUUUGGCAAUAUCCCUGCUUUUGGGGAUUAUGGUGAAAAACGGAGAAUGGGGAGAAGAAAAAGGGGACAUAAAGGCCCAGUCCUUGAUGUUGGAAGCAUUUGGGUCACUGAUUUGAAAAAAAAUAGUCCGGCAGGGAAAUGUGGAAAAGUUCGCUUGCGAGACGAGAUCCUUUCGCUGAAUGGCCAGCUAAUGGUUGGAGUGGAUAUUGGUGGUGCAAGUUACUUGGCUGAUCAGUGCUGGAAUGGCGGCUUCAUCUACUUGAUCAUGUUACGCCGAAUCAAGCGCAAGGCCCCACUUCCUCCGUCAAAUGGCAACAACAGUAAGAGCACCGAACCCAAAGCCAGGCCUACCUCCGAGCCCAGUGGGAAAACCACUCAGAAUGGCAAAAGGACGAGAAAGUUUGGGGUCAUUACCAGAACUGUUCCGGGUGGUAAGGACAGCAAGAGCACCUCUAGAACAGAUCAGGAGAACAGACAUUGCGCCCUGGAUGGGUUGCAUUCAGAGGCAUCCAAAACAGAGAACCAAGCAGACGAUCAGCUUCUCACGGCAGACUUCCCUUUUCCAGCAGACCAUUACCGCUCCCGUCUUUCAGAGGGAGGCAUUCUAGACCUGAACUCCAGCGAAGCAUCCUUGCAGAGAGAAGGCUGUCGGAUAUGGAAGAUGACUAUGAUGAAGGGAACAGACGGGCUGGGAAUCCAGAUCACUGGAGGCCGUGGAUCCAAACGCUCCCCUCAUGCCAUCAUAAUUGCCCGAGUGGAAGAAGGUGGAUCAGCUCACAGAGAUGGCAGGCUGAAGGUGGGUGAUGAGCUUCUAAUGAUCAAUGGCCAGUCUUUGGUUGGUCUCUCCCAUCAAGAUGCUGUUGCUCUACUUCGGUCAGCUGAAGGCCUUGUGUACCUAGUAGUGGCAAGCAGGGAAGGAGCAGAAGAAGAUGUUCUUCAUUAUCCAUCUACAAGUUUGCCAGACUUAAUUAGCACUUGUUCUGCUCAGGAUACGGCCACCUGGAUUGACAAUAAGGAGAAUGAAGCACCGGAAGAAGAGGAUGGAAAGGCCCCAGAAUCAGAAGUCCUGGAACCUAUGACACACAUGACCGAUAUGGACGGGUCCUCAGAUCCUACAGAAGAAGAGAGCUCCAAAGAGAACUGCCAGAGUCCAACUCUUGGAGGUGGUAUUUUGAAGUACAGGAGCCGUUCUCAAGGGGCGGCAACUCGUUUAGAGUCUGUGGGAGAGGAUGAUGAGUUGACAGUAGAAAAUGGAGAUCUGAAUUAUGAAAUACCAAUGAAAUAUUCCCGGGGAGGUAGAAAGCAUUCCUUGCCGCAGCAUUUGGACACAGGAACCAGACAGGAAUACCACAUUGUUAAGAAAUCCACUCGUUCGUUGAGUGCAGCUCAGGUUGAGUAUCCCUGGCGACUGACGCAGCCAUCUAUUAUUUCCAACAUUGUUCUGAUGAAGGGGCAGGGCAAGGGUCUUGGAUUCAGCAUUGUAGGGGGACAAGAUUCUGCUCGGGGUCGUAUGGGCAUUUUUGUCAAGACAAUUUUUCCAAAUGGGGCUGCAGCAGCUGAUGGCAGGUUAAAAGAAGGAGACGAACUUCUGGAAGUUAACGGGGAAUCAUUACAAGGGCUGACUCAUCAGGAGGCAAUUCAAACAUUCAAACAACUGAAGAAAGGUGUGGUGACUCUCACAGUGCGAACCAGACUUCGCAGCCCAAGCCUUACGCCGUGCCCAACUCCCAUAUUGCUGAGCCGGUCCAGUUCUCCCAGCUCCAAUACCAGUGGAGGAGCCUCAUUUCCCAGUGGUGAAGACGGAGAUACUUCCUCUUCUAGUCGUAAAGGACCUGGACCAAAGGACAGAAUUGUCAUGGAAGUCACUCUAAAUAAAGAACCUGGGGUUGGCUUGGGCAUUGGUGCUUGUUGCCUCACCUUGGAGAACAGCCUUCCAGGUAUAUAUAUUCACAGCUUGGCUCCAGGAUCUGUGGCUAAAAUGGAUGGAAGAUUAAGCCGUGGUGAUCAGAUCCUGGAAGCAGAUUCGGUCAGUUUGCGUCACGCAGCGCUGAGUGAAGCUUACGCCAUCUUGAGUGAAUGUGGACCCGGCCCGGUUAGCCUUAUUGUUAGCCGACAUCCUAACCCAAAGGUUUCUGAACAGGAGAUGGAUGAAGCCAUAACACGAACCACCCAUCGAGAAAACAGGGACGUCUCUUCUCCUCAUUCCUCGGGAAACCUGCCAAAAAGUCCAUCUCCAAGUGUGAAGUCUAAACAGACAGACGCCUCCUCACCCUUGAGCUGGACAAUGAAGCGUUUCUUGGAGCCAGCGAGUCGGCAGAGUUCCCUCAAUUCUGAAACAGAGCUUUCCCAAUACUUCUUACAAGAUGGGGCGAGCCAAUUGUCUCUCUCAGAGACUACCGUGACUGGAUCCAGCGAUGAAGAGCAGUUUCGACCCAAGAGUAGGAGCAGUUCUCUAGAAGAGAGUUUUCUUUCUGCUGGCAUUCCAGCUACCAAAGAAUCCAGUCUGUGCAGUUCACCGGCUACUGGCAAUAGCUCGCCCGGUCCUCUCAGCAAGCCAAGGGAGACAGCUGCUCGGCACGUUAGUUUCAGCGACAGCCCCAAAGGGGCCCCGUCUGCUUUCCAACGGCAGAGAAGGAUUGCUUUUUAUGAUGGAGACGUGAGUGAUGAGGAUGACUUUGCCAAACAAGAUGGAGACUCAUUCCAAAGAGGGUCGAGGUCGAAAGGUCAAAGGAAAGGAAACAAUGACUGUAAUAUUUCCCCUGCGGCUCCUUCUGCGCAAAAUGGAGAUACCAGCCAAGAGAGGGAAUCUGCGACAAAUACCUGCAGUGACUUAGCUGCUACCAGCUCUAGGAAUCUGACAGAGAGCAUAGGGGAGCAUGCACCAGACACCCCUUUUCUUCCAGCUAAAGAACUUCAUCAUCUUCCAGAACUUCAUCCAGGCUACUUGAAUGUGAAGGACUUUCGGGAAGAACCACUAGAAACUAAGAGGUCUCCUAAAUUGGAACAUAAAGCAGUCACCCGAGUAAAAAGCCUGAUGAGUAUUGAAUACCACAGAGUCCCAAGGCCCAAGAACGAGGAGCAUGGUGCCUGCAGCAGAGGCAGUGGGAAGGCCCUUCCAUCCAUCCAGAAGAAUGAAGCUCAGGAGAUUCCCCUGGAGCAGAGCCUUGUGGAAUCCAUUACUUUAUCUCGGAAUGAAAACGAGUCCUUUGGCCUGGAUCUCGAAAUUCAUGCCAAUCCUUUGCGCAUCGUCAUAACAGGCUUGCAACCAGGUGGAGCAGCUGAAAGGGCAUCCAUGGGAAGGCUGUUUCCAAGAGAUGAGAUCCUUUCUAUCAAUGCUAUCCCCAUCUAUGGAUUCUCUUAUGAAGAAGCUUGUCAAUAUGUAAGAAGCCUUCCCACAUCCAUUACCCUGGAUAUCCAGAAAGCAGUUUUGCAGGCAGACGAGGCGGUUCCGAAAGAAUCAAGCGAUGUUGUUAUGAUCAAAGAAGAAAACAGCUUUGCGUAUGAGAAAGAAUCUUUGGAAUCUCCUCUGGAUUGCAUGGCGGAAAGGAUAGGAUUGGUAUCUGACGCUAAUACUAAAGCAAUACCAGUAGAUCCCUCAGAAAUUCACUCUAUUCAAGACCCUUCUGUGGUGCUAUUAGAAGAGAUGGAUGACUUCUCUGGCAAAAGAAAUUCCCCAGAAGAAAAAGAUGGUGACUGUUUAUUAAUCAAGGACAGACAUACCAAGGAAAAUAGUUUUGGGAUGGCAGAAGAAGCUCAGCCAAAUUCUGUAUCAAACGUAAUGAAAAAUGAUCUUGUAGAAAGAGCUGCGAAUUCUGUUACUAAUACACAAGAGGCCUUGGGUUUUUCUGUCCUGGAUUCCAUUAACGCAAAGAAAAUUUUAACUGUAAACCAAAGCUGUCUCAGUACCUAUUCAAGGAAUUUUAGCAGCCUUAAUGAUGACCAUUUGCCUGAAAUUGAAACUAAGAGCAACACUAUUCCAAAAUCUAUGUACGCUGCUGCAGAAGAUUCCAGUUCAGACACAGAAUCCUUAGCCGAGAAUCCUGGAGACAGUUCAUCCCUCUUACUAUCAGUUUGUGAUCAUCCCUUGGCAACCCAUAAACUAGUUGAAUCAGAUGAGGAGCAAAUAGAAAUUUGCAGUCUGAAUUACGACCAACAUUGUCUUCAAAAACAGCCUCCCAUAAAACCAUCUCAUCGUCCACCAAUUUACCAUUCUUUGAACAACUGUUUGCAGGCAGAAAGCAAAACAGAAAUAGAUUCACUGGAAACAUCAGAUGGAAAAUUUACAUUCGAAAAAUCGCACUUAUCGGAAAACUCCAGUGCAGAACAUAUGGUUCCACCAACAGCUUUUCAAUCUUCUCCAGAUGUUUCUUCACAAGCUGUAGACAGUUUGGCUCAAGGCAGGCCAGUCUGCUCUUCCAUUGAGAAUGGUUGUUCAAGGGAUGAAGGAGGAAAUGGCCUGCAGAAACAAGAAAAUCUAAUGGAAAUAUGUAAAUAUCCUGCACCAGAUAUACAUUCUUAUCCGACAGAAAAUAUCAAUAGCUGGGAUGGCAACAUGCUAGGCCAACAUGAACUGGGGAAAACCCAAGAGCUGCAGGUAGAAAAUGAUUUAGUGAUGGAUUGUGGAAGUAACGUAAUUGGUAGUCCUUCUGCUGUGACAGGGAAAGGAACCAGUGAUCCAUCCCAGUUAAGAAGAACAGACAGCUAUACUAUGAAGAGUGCAAUACAAAAAAUAGUAAACAGCCCUAAAUCUCCCCUUUUGUCCAAACCAAAACAUCUGGGCAAGGUCUCUUCUGCUCACAAUUUACUAGGAAAAAAUGAAAAAGCAAACGCUGUUAUCUCGAAACCUUCAAAUACCAAAACUCUGAAUUCUGGGCAAUGCAAGGGCUUUGGUAUUACAUACAGUCCCUCUUCUUCCCCUAAAUUGCAUCAUGAAACUAAAGGCGCUCCACCACCAAAGAGUACGGUGGAAACUCUUUCAAAUAAUCAACAAAACAAAGCAGGGCCUAAAGGAAAGGCUCCCAAUAUUAAAAAUAAAUCCAAGGCUCAUUCUGAUGCUCUUGGCACUGCUCCUGCCAAAGCUGAGGGCACCGAUCAAAAAAAGAUCACCCUCCCUGCCCAAGGUUCACCCAGGCUCCUUUCAAAGAAAGGUUCCUCACUCCAUAAUUUAGCCACACAUCUGGAACCACCCAGCAGGAGCCUCUCCAUGGGUUCUAAGAUAUUUCAGCAGCAGGAGGAAGUUCAGUCUUCUUUGCUCAGACAGUCUGAGUCUCAGGCAGCCACUCUGCCCGUGUUGAAUGGCGAAAGCAACGUUAUGAAAAAUAAAGAUAAAUCCAUCAUCAAAACAAAACUGGGCAGGGCUGGAUCUCCUAAAAUGGAAAAAGAAGCACCGGUCACCAAGUGGGAAGUUACGAACAGCGAAAAAAGGGGGAGGGCUAGCACGGAGCCAAGAGACGGCCCUUCUAAGUCAAAUAAGCCUUCUGAAGCCACACCCAAGGUUGAUUGUCCGAAUGAUAAAACCGAAAACAAGGGGAUGAGUUCGAAUUACGACGGAUUGGAAAUGAAGCCAUUAAAAUCUGACAAUGCAGGGCUUUUUAAAAAAGAGUCCUCCUGCUUUAUUUAUCCCCCUGCUCGGCAAGAGCAGACCAGCCAGGAAAUUCAGCGCACUUUCAUUGAAGUCAGGUUGUCUUCCUCCUCCUUCAUCCCCGACUUGCCCCUAGAGAAGAAAGAAGAUGACAAUAAGGCCAAUCAACUCAGAAGCAAAGCACUGGAUUGUCGGCAGAGCACUUUCCACAAGGAAGAUGCUCUCGGUGCAUUAAAACCUGUGACAAGGACCUAUUCGGUGCCAGCACAAUUAUCCAAUCAUUUAAGGGAAAACAGCAACGAUAGGGAUCAACCGGCCCAUCACGUCCAGGAUACCUUAGGAAACGUUUCGAGUGCAAACCCUUCCGACGCAGAGUUGGCCAUGCUGAAGGUGGUCCACCUUAGUCUCAACCAUCAGGAUGCGAAAGCCGCAUCUGCUGGCGUCCUGAAAUCCAACAGUGACGAUGGCAGCCCCGCUGCACAAAAACUGAAAAAGGGCAGGAGGAACUAUUACUACUACGAACUCAAUUGGCCACAUGAUCCCGUUUCUUCUUUUUCUGUAAAGCAGCGAAUCAAAUCGUUUGAGAACCUGGCUAAUUUCGAUAGGCCGACGGUCAAAGCCAUCGACCUCCAUUCCACCACCCUGAACUCUAAACUGCCCAUUGGCCGAAGAUUGUCCAGUGGCAUUUCUGCAGUGUCAGCUACCAGCGUGAAUGAUGCGGUCCAAGCCCUGCGACGGAGCUUGAGUUCGUACUGUGGAGGUGAAGCCCCAACGUCUCCAAGGGUCACCAGAUCUUCAACCAGCUCGACAUUAACAAACGUGCAACAGAAUUUCCACAAGAGCAGCAGAGAUGAUGGUCACUUGGAGAAGAGUGAAAGGCAUGCUUUUGAAGAACCAGUUGGUUUACCACCAUCUACUACCAGUAUCCGAAGAAGCAGAGCCUCAGGUGGGCAUAUUAGACACAUGCCCUUGUCUCGUUCCAAACUCCGGGAGCUGAGAGCUCUGAGCAUGCCAGAUCUUGAUAAGCUCUGCAGUGAGGACUUCUCUAUGGAGUCUCAACCUUCACCCAUCAAAACCGAAUUGCAUCUUCCCCCUGUUGUGAGAUCCUUCGAUGCUCCCACUGAAAAUGUUUCCAAGAUGAAUGAAUGCUCGGGAUUAUCCAGUCCUGGGAUGACAAGCAGGCAACCUUCCAAAGAAACCAGUCCUUGGAACAGUGGCUCUGGAACUCCUGGAUCAACUUCUGACGAGGAAGGGCUACAGUAUGAUGGCGGUCUGAAUAAAGUGAACUCAGGGAAGAGCUGGUCUAUCAGCUUGGAUGAACUAUUGGUUUCCUCUCUGGAUCAGCAGAAAUUGCAGUCCAUUUUGUCUUCGGUGACAACGAAAAGCGAUGUUUCUUCUUUACUUCAGGAAAUCAAAGCACAAGCAGAGAGCAAAGAAGAUAUUUACUUUGUAGUCUUGAAUAAAGAGGAAGGUUCUGGGCUGGGAUUUAGCGUCGCUGGAGGAAUAGACCUGGAACAAAAAUCAAUCAUCGUCCAUCGGGUGUUUUCCAAAGGGGUGGCUUCCCAGGAAGGGAAAAUUCACCGUGGUGACCUCAUUCUUUCUAUCAAUGGCACUUGUUUGGCGGGUUCUGUCCAUGGGGAUGUCCUCAACGCGCUCCAUCAGGCCAGGCUCCAUAAAUAUGCCAUCGUGGUCAUCAAGAAGGAGAAAGACAGAGGAAGGAUGCCUCCUCGGAGCAAUGAAAUGCCUACUUCGGAUAGGCCAACUUUGGUGGCUGCAGCCACAGGAAGUGAAGCAGGUCCAAGCGGAGACCUGAAUGGGGCCAUUUGUGUUGAACUUUUGAAGACUUCUGCUGGCUUGGGUUUCAGUCUGGAUGGUGGGAAAGCUUCAGUAUCUGGAGACAGACCUUUGCUCAUCAAAAGAAUUUUUAAAGGUGGUGCUGCUGAACAAGCUGGAAAACUGGAAGCGGGUGAUGAAAUUCUUGCGAUUGGAGGAAAAUCCUUGCUUGGACUCAUGCACUACGAUGCGUGGAACAUCAUCAAGUCUGUCCCAGAGGGGCCCAUUCACCUGCUGAUCAGGAAGCAUCGGCCGCCAGAAUGACGGAACCCAACCCCUGAGUUCCGCUUCCCUUUUGAGCACAACCUUAACCAGUUUUGUUUGCCAGGAGCCGGAAUGGUGGUAUCUGGGAUGUUAUUCUCCUAGGUCAGAAUGGUUUAAUCAGCCGAGAAGCAUCACGAUACAUUUGCAAAACUGGUGUUGAGUGUCAAUAUGGUCAGGCAGCUACCCCACGUUUGGUCCUCCUUAGAGGGCCUAUGGGCACAGUUUGGUUCUCUUAAUUGCAAUCGACUUGUUCAUGGAGAAAAGAUAAACAAACCAGAACUUCGAAGGAACGCAAGUCAUCACAGUGGCUGCUGGCUGCAGUGAUUCUCUGGAUAGGACAGGGGUCAGCAACCUGUGGCUCUGGAGCCGCAUGUGGCUCUUUCACCCCUCUGCUGUGGCUCCCAGUCACUCAAAAUAUGCGUCAUAACCGCCAAUGUGCAACACCCGCCAGCACGCGAUUUAUUGAGCUUUUCAACCCCUGGUAGGCCAACCAUGGAUAAAUCCAAGGAAAGAAAAGUUUCAGAAGAAAACAGAACAUUUAUAAUUCAACUACAUAUGCUAGUUUUGUGGCUGCUCAAGAAAUAGUCAGGCACAAGAAGGGUUUUGUGGCUCCCGGUGUUGUCUUUUCUGUGGGAAACGGGUCCAAAUGGCUCUUUGAGUGUUUAAGGUUGCAGACCCCUAGGAUAGGAGGUGCAGCAGCUCAUAAAAGCUGACCUAAGCAAGGAACUGGUUUCAUGUGUUCCUGUUUUGCAAAUGGUAUCUUUCCACCCUCACGGAAAGUGGCAUAAUUUCUUCCUUCUUGCUGAAUUCUUACUCAGUCUUUCCCACAGGCACUCAGAAGCAAUGCUUUGUGUUUAUGGUCUGCUGCUCCCUCUUCAGUACACCCAGGGAGUGCGGGAAACAUAGGAUAUGAAAAGGCUACGAAGGAUUGGAUGCAAAAUGCACCUGCCAUGUAGCCUGAAUAGCUGAUACCAACUAUACAAAUCCAGAGCAAUAGGGGUGGGGGUGGGGGAGAUCCCUGCAUUUUAUAAAUUAAAUCAAUGGCUUUCUGUGUCUUUUGCUUUUAAUGCCAAAGACGGCACAAUAAAAUAUUUUGCAUUGGUUCUAUGGAAGGUUCGGUAGAAUACAGGGGGCAAAGAAACAAACAAACAAACAAAAAAUAGGAUUUCAUUUGGUUUCUUCUUAUUACAAUGAAGAGUUUUGGUAUCUUAUUUCCAUCACACGGGGUGAUAGUUCCCAGCAUUUGUAACUCACUGAAGAUGAAGCUCUCAGAUUCAGUUCUGGGCAUCUCCAACUGAACGGUCUUGGAUAUCAGAACCUGCAGACCUGGAAAAGGAUUUUGCCAAAGAUCCAGAAGAGCUGUUGCCAACUUGAACAACAAAUGCUUAGCUUAGAAGGACCAGUGGCCUGAUUUGGUGAAAGACAGCUUCAUAUAUUGAUCUGGAAGCCACUGCCCGCCCCCCCAAAGGACACCUCAGGUUUAGCCAUGAACUCAUUUUCAUGGUCCUUCUUAAACUCUUAGCACUCAAAGAGAAGUAUUUGCCGUAAAUUUUGUAAACCGAUAACUAUUUAUUGGGAAACGUACUAUGUAUUAGGAAACCUGAGUGUCUUUUAAAACGUCUGAAUGAUUUGAAUGUGUCUGUCUGAAAUUUUUACAUUUUGUAACUCAAACUGAGUGAUGAAAUUGUCCAAUAUGGAUGACUGCAAGGGUUUUCUAGAUAUACCAGGUAGUUUUGACUUCAGCUGCUUUUGUGGAUCCAGCAUGCUUUUAGUUUUAAAAAAAAAAUGAGAAUGUCUGGGGGGGGGGGGGAGGGAUAUGUGUUUUCUAUUGUGGAGGUAAGAAUUUUUUGAAGACUUGGGAAAUGUUAAUGAAAAUGUCUCAACUGUCAACAUUAAAUCACCAAAUCUGUAUGUGACACUAUAUGCACAUUGGAGAAUAGAUACAGGGAGAAAAUAUAAUUAGAAACAAAUGUUGUGUUUCUAGGACAGUUUAGUAGGAAUAUAAUGUUCAGUGUUUAUCAUUCAAAAUCACAGUUAUUGGCCUCUAGAAUUUAAAUUAGAGGAAUUUUAGAAAAAUGGGUCUAGCAUCUUCCUAAUGUUGAGGGAGAUACACGUUAUUAAAAUAAGGCAGUAAACCCAGAUCGCAUUUUUAAAGAAAUGUACUCUUGAUUUGUCUAAAAUCGCAUUCAAUACUUCUGAGAUGAAAUGGAAGGAACAAGUUAAUAAGACGGUUUCAGUCAUGAAAGUGAAGAUUAUUUUAGUUGUGCUCUAUUCCUGAUUACUACAUACAUGUAUCCAUUGUUUUUUGUUUGUUUUUGGGUUUUUUUUUUUUUUUUGCAAUGAUAUGAAAUCAUUUGCUGUCACCCACUUCAUUUUUACUUCAUAGUCCUUCUAGUCUAGAGCUUGUAUUUCCAGAUUGUUCCUCAUGUAAGAGAUCACCAGAUCUGAACUGCAUGGCUUUUUUUGAAGAUCUGCCAGGUGCUGCCACCUGCUGCGGCUUUCAAAACAAAGAGAAGAAUUAUAAAUCCUGGCCUGAAAAUGUGGGUUUUCUGGAUUUCAAUUCUACAUGGCCAUAACUUCCAAUUCUAUUCUAAAAUGUUGGUUUUAGCAGUUUUUUGUGCCUCUGUGGUAGCAGUUUCUUAAAUAGACGGUUAAAGAUCCUGUGUGAUUGUACGUGUUCCCUCUAGAUUGUGGAAAAUGUGUGUGUUAGUUCACCAUCUCAAAAUGAACAAAAAUUACUUUUAUGUACACACUUCAUCACAGUAUCACAUGCACUACUUCUGAAUACUUCUCACAUAGUCAAAGCACAUGCCUGACAAAUCAUUUUAGUGGAGAAAUUAUUUUAGGCAGAGAGCUAAAUGUAAAGGCGGUUGGCCUGGUUUUAUUUUGUCUUGUUUUUAAAUAAACCAGGAUGAUUGUGGGGGUGGGGAGGAGGUGGUUGGGAAGAGGCAGGUAUCAGCACAAAGCGGUAUGAUAAUCCUUAAAUAAAUUGUGGGGGGGAGAAUUAGUUUUUAAGGAAAUGAUAAAUACUGGAAAUUAAUUAAAUAUAUAUCUUGUUCCUGUUGCCUUAAAUUCCUACGUCAGUAUCAAACCCUCAAUUCCGGAUUUUGAACACCAAAUGAGAUUUAUAUUUAUGACAGACCCGUCUACACCGAGCCAUAUCGCCCUUGUGGUGAGUGGAUUUAUUUUGUGUAUUUGUUUGAAGCCACAUAUUCACAGGAUGAGGCUGAAAACAGUAAAAAAUGGCAGCUGCAACCAAUGGGAUUCAAGCAAAACCUCAUUUUUAUGUGCAUCAGGAUGUACCUAAAAAGAGGCGGGGCUUUGCACGAGCACAGUCUCUGUCAUGGCUUUUGGGGAACCCCCUACAGAUGAUCCCAAUCCAUAUGGGCAUUUACAAGAAAUGCUUUCAGGAAAAAAAAAAUGCAUUUAAUGGAGAUGUAUUGCAAAUGGAUUGCAAUCCUGUUGGUAUGACAUACAGUAUUUAAUCUAGUUAGCCCCUAACUCAAGUCGUAUAUUUUCCAGCACCUUAGACAGCUCACCAACAUGCUAGCUCUAUCAAAAAAAAAUCACCAUUUCAACCAAUUAGCACCAUUGUAUUCCGCAGCCCUAUUCACUUUCUGCAGGAAAGGACUUAGUAGGCCACAAAUCACUAUAAUGAGGUUGGCAAGGCCAGGCCUCAUUAUACGAUCAGUCCCUUCCCUAUUGGUUAGGCAGGCAGCAGAGGGUGGAGCUUGGGGCUCUGCAACCAAUCAAUGGUUGAGAGGAGUUUUCUGCAAAGGCGAAGUUUGUUUUUUUUCAGAAUCUCUGUAUUCAGUUCUUUUCCUCUCAGAGGAUUGGAGCAGUUUGUAAUCUGAGGCUGAAGGGAGCUUAAACAUCCAUUUCCGCUCCCAUAUUAAUGUUUGCAUAAAAGACCAGUUUCCAUAAAAUACUUCCGCCUCCUUCCCCAGUGGUCCUAAAGUGAAUUGGUCACAUGACCAAAUGCCAUGGUCGUAAAGUGACCAGUGUGGUCAUUAAAUGAACCCAAGGCUUCCUAUGGGUCGGUUUUGCCGAAAAACAGAAGUAAACACUGGUUUUUAGAAAAUAACCAUCAGAAAACACAAAUCACGUGACCUCAGGAUGGUCAUAAAUGGUCACAAAUGGCCAUAAAUGUGGCCCAGUGGUGGAGUUCUUGAAAAGUCAUAUGACCGGGGGGGGGUGCUGACCAUCAAAGCUUUGCAUUCAGAUCAUAAGUACUCCCCCCAGGUAGUCCAUCAGAACUUCAAACAGUUGCUAAGCAACCGGUUGUAAGUCAAGGACUAUCUAUCUUUAUACAGAAAUGCUACAUUUAAAUUCAGAAUCACUGUCUGUAAAUCUUCCUCAGCUUGCUAUUUCCAUUUUCUUUUUCCUGUCAGAAGAGUGAGUUAUCUCACGCUAGUGCCACGCAGAAGCAUAGGAACUACAAAUCCCAAAAUUCUGUAGCCUAAUAUGGCCAAAGGUACUCUGGUACUUUGUAGUGCUGAUAUAAUUUUAAGUUAGAGCACUCUGGCAGCUAAAAUUUGAGCACUGGCUGAUACGUUGUCUACCAUUGAACUGUGGGCAUGCUUGUGUUUUUUUCCCAAAUUGUUAGGCUAAAGACAGCUUUAAAUUAAGACGCUUCGUGUACGAAUUCGCCAUCAGUCACUUGAUGUAUACAUGAAAAGUGAACUUAAUGUAUUGUAAUUUUAUAAAUAUUAAUUUGGAAUCAUGACAAGGGUAUUCUGAGUGUAUUCAGACUGUGUAAGUCCAUCUGUUUGCCAGACACAAAAGUUAAUUAUGUGAAAAAAUGAAUAUCGUUUAAAAGUUAUGAUUAAUUUUAUUUUUAAUGCUGUUGGUUUUUUUUACCUUGCUCUAGACAUCAAUUAUCAGUCCCUGUUACUGAUGAGCUGUCAUCUUGAUAAUAAUAAUUUUGGAUUAGUGGGAUCUGAAAUUAGCAUAUCGCAGACGCUGGGUGGAAUAUAUAUUUAUCAUGUCAUAGAAAGUGGCACCUUGUAGGAAUUAAUUGAAAAAGCAAAUUGUACAGGAACACAAUGGAAAGUUGGGAGAACUCAGAACCAAGCCACAAUUGAGGAGACUGUAAACAUGGAUUAUACAAAGCAAACUUAGACGCUUAGCAGGUUAAUUUCUACCUUUGGAACAUUUAUGGGACCUGACAGUCAGCCACAGUCAAACAUGGGUUUGCUACUCCCUCUUAACCAGGGAGUGUGGCGGUGUGUGUCAAAAGAGUCAAAAUGGCCUCCACAACCGAGCAAUCAAAAUGCAUGAAAAAAGGGGGCGGGGCUUUGUGGGGCUACAGCUGCCAUCUUGACUUCUUUUUACUUCUCCUGCCAACACCACUGCCUCUUACCCUUUUGUAUGAAACAGGCCACAAUUCUGCGUGGGAUUUUUUUUUUUAAACUGCGACACAUUAUUUCCAGUACGAUGUUGUAUAUUAACACUGUCGUUUUUAUAAAUAUGUCCUUUGUGUUCAGAUUAUUUUUAAAUGCCUUGUUGUAAAAAGAUAAGUGCAAUAAUAGGACGUAGACUGUGUACCUUUCCAAAUGUGCUUUACUCCAAUUGUCUGAAUGAGCAUCUCUUUUAAAAAAAAAAAAAGUUUCACUGCAGUUUUUUUUUUUUUAGUGACUUCUGAAAAUAAAUAAUAAUGUUACUUUAUUGGGUUACUAUUGGUGUUGAAAUACAGGAAUCUUGAACCUCA